UCUCUUCAUUCCUGCUGUUCGAAACCGAUCACUCAAACCCUAACGCAAGCUACUACUUAUACCUGGAUCUAUGGCCCAACUACAAGUAUAUGCAUGUAUUAUACCGAAAUAUCCGAUGUACUGCACAUGUGUACACCCAUGUUGUCCUAUACUGAGUCCGCCCUGAACACGUUGAUUUUUUGUUUGAAAAAUUUCCCUACUUGUUUGCAUCCCCUUGGGUCUUUGUGGAUGAACAAGUUAUGCAUUUGCUACUAGCGUUUAUUGCCAAACGGGCUCUUUGAACUGCGGUUUGAGUUCACUCUAUCACUGUAAUGACGUGCUUUAUACCCUACACUAUAAGUUAAUACAUAGAAAACUUAAUAUUUCCUACUUAGUUGCUAAAAAAAUGUGGACGGACAAGGGCAAGUUUGAAAGGCAAAAGUUGUUGCUCUUAUUGUUACUGAUGUUGGCUUCUUCUAUGGUUGUCUUAUAUUCUGAUCUAGACUAAUGAAAACCAGAUAAUUCUCUGCACAUGAUCCAGUGGAGGAAACAGGAAAGGGAUAAAUAUAGAAUUGACAAUUAGGUUACACAUGAUCCAGUGGAGGAAAGGGAUAUGUAUAGAAUUGGCAAUUUUGUACAAAAACAUUUGCAAGAAUGAUAUAGUCGAGUCCAUUCCUUUCUUGCAGUUAUGUCAAGUUUUGAGUGAAUGCUCACCAUGAUAAUGUAGCAAGCUGUUCUUGAAUGAUAUUGAUGAAGCCUAAGGAAUAUGUUAGGUUGUACAAACAUCAAUAUAUCAGAAAACAGUAUUGGACGAUGUUGAUUAGAGCGGAUGGUGGUCAUGCCACAAGAAGGUCGAAGAAGAAUAAAAUAACUUGCAAUGACGAUAGAGACACAACAGAGCCAUUGAUUUCAGGUGAUAUUCAUCAGGACUCAGAACAAGGUAUCUGGAGUGAGCUCAGUGAAGAAGUUGCAUUGAAUUUGCCUGGAAGUGUUGUCUCAGUUGCUGUGCUGUGUGGAAGUUCUGUGUUAUUUGCAUGCUCGGGAAUAGCUAUAGGAUGCCAGGGGUGUGUCACAAGGAUUCUGACUUCAGCAAGUUUGGUUAGAGCAUUAAAUGAUAAAACAAAACACCCUGCUAACUUGAAGGUUGAAGUGCGCUAUGGAGGCAAUGUUGUCACAGGAUUUUUAGGAAAAUAUGAUUUAGAUUAUGGCAUUGCUAUUGUCAAUGUCACAGCCUGCCUUGAUGUUCAAGCUAUACGUCUCACCCAUGUGGUGGAGAUGGAAUUUCGUCCAUCUACAAAGGUAGUAGCUUUAGGGCGUGACCUCUCUGGCAAAUUAAUGACUACUGGUGGGAUACUGACCCGCGAUUCAAGAGAAUCUGAAGAUAGUGAAGAGCUUAUGCUAUCCACUUGUAAAAUCUGUGAGGGUUGGGAAGGCGGACCACUUUUCAAUGUAGAAGGGAAUCUUGUUGGCAUGAACCUUUUUUUUGUUAAAGAAAGAACUGUGUUCCUGCCAACAAGUAUAAUCUUUGAACGGUUGGAGCAUUUCCGAGUAUUCUUUAGGAGGGGUGAAUUUCUUGAACGGUUACGGAACUUGAAGGCAUGCAGUACUGGUGAGACACUGGUACCUGAGAACAGUGGUGCUGAUCUAACAAGAUGCUCAAAGGAGAAAAGAACUGAUGAUCUCACAAGCUUGGAUAUUAAGACUGAUCUCACAAGAAGCUCAAAGAAGAAAAGAACUUGCAGUGGUGGAUGAAAGACAACGAAGUCAUUGAUUUCUGGUCUGCUGGUUCUU